AUGACGCUCGGGCGUUGUCUGUUAUUGUGGCUGCCGCCGUGGCUUCGCCUUCCCCGGACGAGAGCGCUUACAAAAUCCCUCGAGUGGGAACUGGGAGACGCUCCUAGUACUACGUCCGACACAGGGACGGCACCUUCAAGUAUGGCCACGACACCGGCGAGGGCGCCUUCGAGAACACCUUUCCGCGACCCCUUGGCCGACCCCAACGCCGACCUUUCGUACGGCUUUACCUUCCAGGGAGACGAGCACGCGCGCUCGGAGCUCAGUGACGCCAGCGGCAGAGUGCGAGGCUCAUACUCCUACAUCGGCAAAACUGGACGAGUUCGCUCCUACACCUACACAGCUGGAAGCGGCAUUGGCUUUGUCAUUGAAGGGGACGACCUGCCACAGGAUCCACUCAACCCCAGCUCUACUCCCGCAGCCACUAAGCUCUCCUCUGCACGACUGUACUUUCCUGCAGCGGUCAACCAGCAACUGUCACGCUCUGGUCCACUCCGCGUACAGACUUACGCCGCCUCUCCUAGCGCUGCAACGCCCAGGCGACCCGUGGAACAGGCCAACGUGAAAACUUCUCUCGCUCUGGACGGCCGACAGUCGUUCGACUUCCACACUUCCACUCACUCCCGAGGAGAAACGGCCGACGCCAAUAACAACGUGGUUGGAAGCUUUGCUUUCACCUCCGAGGACGACGGACAGAGAAGAAGUGUGCAGUAUAAGGCUGGAGCUGACACGGGAUUCGUAGUGGAAGGAGACCAUCUCCCUCGCGGCCCAGCGGUUCCUGGAGCGCCCCUCGGGGUUCCCUCGGGGAACAUUGUUCCUGUGAGAGAAACGGCCUUCUUCGACCCUCUGGCGAACUCCAACACUGAUGCCUCUUACGCCUUCAAUUAUCAAGAAGAAGGACAAUCUCGAAGUGAGACCAGCGACCAAGACGGCACUGUGCGAGGUUCGUACACGUACACCGACGACGAGGGAAGAGUCAGGACGUUGACCUACACUGCAGGGAAGGGCAUCGGCUUCGUGGUGGAAGGUGACGGCGUGCCCGAAGUGGAGACGGCCAGUUCAGACGUGCUGUCUUACUCGUUGCCGUCUGUUCACUCCGUAUCGUCAGUAGUUUCACCGUAUGCGUCGUCAGCAACGUCGGUGACUUCACCAUCUGCCAGUCCCUCGUCCUCAGCAGCAGCUGGCAGUCGUUACAGCUAUUCCUCGGGAAGAGAUUUUCAGCUGCGUCAGUACAACGUGAAUGAGAAUCCGGACAAAGUGGGUUACGUUUUAACUUUCAACAAUUAAGCCUUGGCACCACCGACUGUUCAUGUCCAAGUGUCUCGCACCU